UCAAAAUGUCACACCCACACUGCACUAGAGAACAAAUUAGAAUCAGAAAACAAGCUCCAGCCUUCAAAGGUGAAGCCGUCGUUAAUGGUGAAUUCAAAACUAUCUCAUUAGAUGAUUUCAAAGGUAAAUACCUUUAUUUAUUCUUCUACCCAUUAGAUUUCACCUUUGUCUGUCCAACUGAAAUCAUUGCUUUCUCAAAUGCUGCUGAAGAAUUCCGUAAAAACGGUUGUGAAAUCGUUGGUUGUUCAGUUGACUCACCAUUUACCCAUUUAGCUUGGAUCAAUACUCCACGUAAAGAUGGUGGUUUAGGUGGUAUUAACUUCCCACUCUUAUCUGAUUUAACUCACCAAAUCAGUAAAGCUUACGGUGUCUUUAUCCCAGAAGACGGUCACACCAUCAGAGGUUCAAUCAUUAUUGGCCCAGAUCAAGUUGUCAAACACAUCUCCAUGAAUGACAACCCAGUCGGUCGUAACACAGAAGAAGCUCUUCGUCUCAUUAAAGGUUUCAUCUACACUGAUACCCAUGGUGAAGUUUGUCCAGCUAACUGGGAUGAAAAUGCCAAAACCAUGAAACCAGAUCCAAAAGGUUCAUUAGAAUACUUCAAUGCUGUCAACAAAUAAAUAAUCAAAUAAAUAAAGAUUUAAUCUUUUCUAUUUUGUAUAAAUUAAAA